GAGUUCCAGCGGAAGCUAAUACCAGCACACCAGCACAAUGAAAGAUUAUAUAUCUUCAUGUCAAUUAUCGCACAGUAUGGCUUUCUUCUUCCUUCCUUCCUAUCUACCUACCCUCCUUCCAAGCGCGCAUCCAAGCCAUCUUACCAUGUCUUCACCAGGUGCAGCGACAGCACCACAUGUCGAAAUCGGUACCAAAGCGACUCCGGCAAAAAGACCACGUGGCCGACCACGCAGAGACGGGUUGCCGGCAGGAUCAGUACCCAAGAAGCCCAAAACGUUAGGGCGAGCGCGUGCAGGUACCGCGACGGAAAUCCCCGGACAGCAUGAGAAACGAGGCCCCGGUCGCCCGCCCAAGAAGAACAAAUCGCUGGGCGCCCAAAACGCACUAGCAGCGCCAUCAUCGUCUGACCCCUCUCCACCAAUGAACCCCAUUCCAAGCCGUGGACCACAGGACGGAACUUUCACCGUCUUUGCGACUGUAGAGACUUCCAGUACGCAGGUCUUGGUUUCUCCUCCGAGUGACGUGACUGUUGGCAGUGAGGAAACGGACAGAAGUCAACAAAGAGUUCAAGAUACUCUGAGGUUCUGCAAGGAGGCCGAAAGAAACCAGGAAAUAGAUGUGGCGAUCAGUCAGUGGAACAGGGAGAGGGAAGAUGACGCAUUGGAUUUUGAACUACGCCUGUUCAAAUCCAGUCACGAGCACGAAGUGGAGCGAAAUCGGUUGCUCGUAGCGCGUAUGAAUGAAGAGGACAAAGAAGCCGAACAAGAAAUCGGAACAGAAGAGUCGAAAAGAAGAGCGGAACGUCGACGUCAGAAGAGAGAAUGUCGAGAUUACGGCUGCUAUGAAGAGGAUUGCAGAAUCCACCAUGCAGUCAGAGCGAAUGUGACGCAUUUCAUGGCAAAUCUCGACGAGCGCACGCAGGCGUUGCGGCCCAUGGUGGUAAGGACGGAUGAUGAGGCAGCAGGAGUAGGGAAAUGGCCUAUGAUUUUCGACUACCCUGGUUGUUUGCACGGUGAUAGCUAG